AAAACAAAACAAAAAGAAUCACCUUGAUUUGUCAUUUGUUGGUCCUCUUCAGUGCUAAUAAUGCUUUGCUUUACUUUUUCUUUAGUGACACAAAUGAAGUUGACAUACCCCCCAACACUCGAGUCGGCACCAAACGCUAUAUGCCCCCGGAAGUGUUGGACGAGAGCUUGAACAGAAAUCACUUCCAGUCGUACAUCAUGGCCGACAUGUACAGUUUCGGACUCAUCCUCUGGGAGGUCGCUAGGAGAUGUGUAUCAGGAGGUAUCGUGGAAGAGUAUCAGCUGCCCUAUCAUGACCUCGUGCCCAGCGACCCCUCUUACGAGGACAUGAGAGAGAUCGUGUGCAUCAAGAAGUUACGCCCCUCAUUCCCCAACCGCUGGAGCAGCGACGAGGUAAGGACUGAGGUGACCGUGUGGCUGUGACUAACUUCUUUCCAAAGUAUUCUUCUGUUGCUGGAAUUCUAGAUAGUCAUGAUAGGAAUUCAUUGUGGCGACGGUUCCUCUUUGCAAUAAUUUAGAUGAAGAUCAGUGUACUGUAUAUGUUUCCUUUUUCCCAAUUUUAUUUUGCCACUUCCAGAAUAUAUUGAAUGGAUCAAUAUUUAGCCUGUGUCGCAGAGUAACAUUAUUUCAUUUAUUUAUGGCACCUCGACAUGGUCAUAAGGGCUCUUAGUUCUCUCUGUGUGUUUUUAAGGCUUGACGAUCUCUCUCCAUAGCAAAACCCAUGCAGACCAGUCUACCAUUUUGACGGGAGCAAAAGUUAAGCCUCUGAAGCGAGUU